AGCACCGAUUUGCACUAAACUCUUUUGACCAACCGGGCAGCUGGGAAGCCAAUCGAGUGGUCGCUGGACCCACACAACCUAUCUUGCAGCCGUGGGGACGAGAGAGCCAUUUCGGAAGAUAAGCUUUUCCGUUUGCGUAUUUCCCCUCCUGCCGAAACUGGACUUUUGGAACUUUUUACAAACUCAAAACCCCAAUUGACGAGAUUUUAUGGAGUUUAUGGAGUUUAUGGAGUUUACAACUACCUAACAUUAGCCAUCUCAGGUUGUCAGACAAGUAAACGUCUCAAUUAAUCGGAGUUCGUAUUCAUCCGAAUUUGUCCCAGUAACACCAAGUAUAUGACAAAUCUUAUAAAACGUUUACCCUUGUUAGUCUAGAGAAUACUGAAUAUGCUAAUAUUUCAUACUCACCCUUACCGGCGUUAAGAACCAUUACGUCCGGUUAAGACAACAUAGAGCGAUGACUAGGUAGAAAAUGCUCCCCAGCCAUGUCCAUCCCUAUCGUAGUCUUAGGUACUGAUAUAAGGGUAUCUUUACCCGUCAAAAGGUAGGAUCUUUUUAUACGAGCAACAGGUUCACUAGACACAUCCAAACUCUUAAAUACCAUAACAGAUACCACUUUUUUUAACACUCGAGAUUCAAACCGCAAUAUGCCAGUGUUCGACGAGACAGCGACCAGUGAACAGGUCAUAGAGGCCUUCGCCUCCCGGAUCAAGGGUCGUACGUUCGUCAUCACGGGAGCCGGUCACCCUAGUAUUGGAAGCCAAAUGGCCGUAUCAAUCGCGAAAGGUGCUCCAGCUCAUAUUCUCAUCGCGUCACGCACUGGCAAGAAGGUCGACCCAGUGCUAGCGAAGAUCGCCCAGAUCGACAGUUCUAUCAAGACAACCUUUGUGCAAGUUGACUUGACCGAUCAUGAGUCUGUGAGGCGAGCGGCUAAGGAGAUCCUAGCUGCCGCACCUAAAAUCGACGUCCUCAUUAAUAGCGCCGGUGUGAUGGCCGUUAAGGAUUAUACUGUGGACAAGCAGGGCAUUGAACUGCAGCUAUCAGCGAAUCAUGUUGGCCAUUUCUUGCUGACGAACCUUCUCGCGCCUGCCCUGAUCGCCGCUGGUUCCGAGCCCCUUGGAGCGCGGGUCGUCAAUCUUACUAGCUCUGGCUAUCUUAUUACCCCAUUCCGCUUCGACGACUGGAACUACUCGAAUGGUAAAACCUACGAUUUUUGGACUGGAUAUGGUCAAGCAAAGACCGCGAAUAUCCUAUUCAGCUAUGGCCUUCAUAAACGACUUAGCAGUCGCGGCGUGACGUCGACGGCUACUCAUCCUGGCUACAACAACGACACGGAGCUAGGAAGCCAUGUAACUCCGGAGGACUACGCCACGAUACCUGAAAUUGUAAAGCGAAAUACGGGUAAAGACUUUGUGUGGGAAUCUCCGCGGUCCAAGACGUAUACGCAGAUUGCCGCUACGUCGCUUAUUGCGGCUCUAGACCCUGAGAUCCCCGCCAAGUCACCUGCCUACUUGAUGAACAGCCAGAUUCACGAGGCUGCCCCACACGCCACAGACCCCGAGAGCGUUGAAAAGCUAUGGAAACUAAGCGAAGAGCUUGUCGGGCAGAAGUUUGAGUACUGAUUAGUUGGGUGCCCAACUUCCUAAGGGGUAGCUUGUUUAGAAUACCUCCAAAGCCCAAGUCGAGGCAUAAAUGAAAAUAUACUCAAC